CCGAGCCGGCCGGACUCGGCGCGAGGGAGGGCGCCCGCCCGCCGGCCCGCCCCGCCGCGCUGCUGCCGGGCGCCGCUUUCCGCGGAGGACUGCGCGGGCGAUCCGCGAGACGGAGGCUGUCCGCCGCCCCGACAUGGCGAUCGCAAGGCAAGUGCUUUGUCUCUCUGCUUUCCUCUCCCUGCCGCACGCUCGCGCCGAGCCCAUCCGCUACUCCGUAGCCGAGGAGGGGGAGAGCGGCUCCGUGGUAGCCAACGUGGCGGAGGACGCGGGGCUGGCCCCGGCGCAGCUCUCGGCUCGCCGCGCCCGCCUGGCCUCGGAGGACGGCCGGCAGCACUUUCGCUUAGAGCGCGGCACCGGCCGCCUCGUAGUGGCGGAGAGGCUGGACCGGGAGGAGCUCUGCGGGCAGUCCGCUACGUGCACGCUCCCCUUCGAGCUGCUGCUGGCGAACCCCCUGCAGUUCUUUCGGGUCGAGGUGGCCGUGGAGGACAUCAAUGACCAUUCGCCCGUUUUCCCGGAGGAGCAAGUCACUUUUAAGAUCCCGGAAAGGAGCGACCCGGGCUCGCGUUUCCCGCUGGAGGGGGCUCGGGACCUGGAUGUUGGCAGCAACAGCAUCCAGGCUUACAGCAUUGCACCCCAGAACGAAUACUUUAGUGUCUCCUUUGGGAGUCGGAUUAAGGGCAAGAAGUAUGUAGAACUGGUCUUGGAAAAGCCACUGGACAGAGAGGAGGAGGCGGAGGUGUGUUUCAGCCUCAUUGCCGUGGACGGAGGCUCUCCACCCAGGAGCGGCACCACCCAAGUCCGCAUUGUCGUGCUAGAUGUAAAUGACAACGCUCCCGUCUUCACGCAGGAGCUGUACGUUGGGCAGGUUUUGGAAAAUGCAGCGGAGGGCUCUGUGGUUCUCAGCGUGGUGGCAACGGAUCGGGAUGCAGGACCUAAUGGGGAGGUGUCCUAUCAGUUCAGCCAAGCGGUGGGCCAGAGCCACUCAUCAUUUGCGAUCGACCCUGUGACCGGUGAAAUUAGACUCACGAAGCCUCUGGACUUUGAGGCAGCAGAGAAUCACGAGCUCAGUGUGCGGGCCACGGAUGGCGGGGGCCUCUCAGCAAUCUGCAAGGUGUUGGUGGAGGUGGUGGAUGUGAAUGACAAUGCGCCGGAGGUGGUGGUCAGUUCCUUCAGCAGCCCCCUCCCCGAGAACGCAUUACCCGGGACAGUGGUCGCCCUCUUUACUGUCAGGGACCGGGAUGCUGGUGCCAACGGGAUGAUCUCCUGUGCCCUUGAGGACCAGCUAUUGUUCUCCCUGCGGCCGGCCUAUAAGAAGUACUAUGAGCUGGUGACCGUGAGCACGUUGGACCGGGAGGAGACGGCACGUUACAGCCUCGCUGUCACAGCGGCAGACGCGGGGUCACCUCCUCUCACAACCACCCAGACCUUCACGGUGGACAUCUCCGAUGUCAAUGACAAUGUGCCUGUCUUCAACCAGACAUCGUACACCAUGUACGUGCGUGAGAACAAUGUCCCCACGGUGCUCGUUGGAGCCGUCAGCGCCUCAGAUGCCGACGAGGGGCCCAAUGCCAAGGUGACGUAUUCCCUGGCACCAGCCCACCCUGCCGAGCGGCCUCCCUGCUCCUGCAUCUCCGUGAACUCUGAGAACGGGCAGGUAUUUGUGCUGCGGCCUCUGGACUACGAGCAGGUGAGGCAGAUCGAGGUCUUGGUGAGCGCCUCCGAUGCGGGGACACCUCCCCUUAGUGCCAACGUCACUGUCCGCCUUGUUGUGGUGGACGAGAAUGACAAUGCGCCACUGGUGCUGUACCCCUCACAGGACAGCAGCCCCGUGUCCAGCGAGCUGGUGCCCAAGUCAUCUGAAGCGGGGUACCUCGUCACCAAAGUGGUGGCUGUUGACGCCGACUCGGGGCAGAACUCGUGGCUCUCGUACCACCUGCUGAGGGCCACUGACCCUGGGCUGUUUGCAGUGGGUGCCCAAAGUGGGGAGGUGCGACUGAGGCGGCCGGUGACAGAGAGGGAUGCUGUGAAGCAGAAGCUCGUCGUCCUGGUGCGAGACAACGGGCAGCCACCGCUGUCAGCCACCGCUGCACUGAGCGCGCUCCUGCUCAAUGACUUCUCAGACGUGCACCUGCCACACAGCAGCCUGGCCACGGAGGAUGAGGGUGGCUCCCUGACAACCUAUUUAAUCAUUUCAUUGGUCUUCGUCUCAGUCCUCUUCCUCGCAUCCAUGGCAGCCUUCAUCGUGCGCAAGGUGUGCAAGAGCAAGGAGCUGAAGGGGGGGCACGUGCUUUACGGCACUGGCAACUUGCAGAGUGGCCUGGCUGACGCGGCCGCUGCGGCGACCCUGCCCCACGCCUAUUGCUACGAGAUCAGCCUCACGACGGGCUCGGGCAACAGUGAGUUCAAGUUCCUGAAGCCCAUCCUCCCCAGCCUGCCACCGCAGCACAGUGGCAUGGGCAGGGGCACCGGCGAUGAACAAGAAUUCUCCCGUGGCCCUGUCACCAUGGAGGAUGUGGCACCAGACAACCCAGGGACACUCUCUGCGGAACAGUUCAACAGUCUUUCCUUCAACUAGCAUGGAGUCAAGCACAGCCAAAGGCUUCAUGCCUCGCGAUGGGAAGGGAUCUGGGCUACAACACGUGGCAACGGUUCCCCCAGAGUAAAUCUGUAUUUGCCAUUGGCAUCACUGAUUUCCCACAAAUUCUAAGUCAGAAGAAAGGUUGUCCCCCCCUCCCAAACUAAAGAAACAAAAGAAACUAAGGCUCCCUCAGUCAGGCAAUGGCAUGUUUCAGCUCUGUUUCAGCCUUUUCUGAAAUGCUUGGUGUGUGGGGUUAGGUCCAAGGCCCCCGGCUAAGUUCAUGUCUCACUUGCUCUUAGGCAAGACCCUGAACCUGUAUUUCUGAUACAGGCAAGCAUGCCAUUGGCCUUCUCGGCCACCUGGGCACACUGCAGAUUCAUACUCAGCCGGCUGUCAACCAGCACCCUCAGGUCUUUUUCUGCCAGGCAGCUUUCCAGCCACUCUUCCCCGAGCCUGUAGCACUUCAUGGGAUUGUUGUGACACAAGUGCAGGACCCGGCACUUGCCCUUGUUGAACUUCAUACAAUUAGCCUCGGCCCGUCGAUCCAGCCUGUCCAGAUCCCUCUGUAGAGCCUUCCUACACUCAAGCAGAUCAACCAUACCUCCCAACUUGGUGUCGUCUGCAAACUUACUGAGGGUACACUCGAUCCCUUUGCCGAUUUCGUUGAUAAAGAUACUAAGGAGAACUGGCCCCAAAACCGAGCCCUGGGGAACACCACUUGUGACCAGCCGCCACCUGGAUUUAACUCCGUUCACCACAACUCUCUGGGCUCAUCCACCCAGCCAAUUUUUUACCCAGCAAAGAGUACACCUGUCUAAGCCAUGAGCCGCCAGCUUCUCAAGGAGUAUGCUGUGAGAGACAGUGUCAAAGGCCUUACUAAAGUCCAGGUAGACAGCCUCCACAGCUUUCCCCUCAUCCACUAGGCGGGUCACCUGCUCAUAGAAGGAGAUCAGAUUGGUUAAGAGCAGGACCUGCCUUUCAUGAACCCAUGCUGGCUGGGCCCGAUCCCCUGGUUGUCCUCCACCUGCCGUGUGAGCACACUCAAGAUGAACGGCUUCUUAAUCUUCCCUGGUACCGAGGCCAGGCUGCAAGGCAUCUAGUUCCCUGGAUCAUCCUUCCGACCCUUCUUGUAAAUGGGCAUCACAUUGGCAAGCCUCCCGUCAUCUGGGACCUCCCCUGUUGACCAGGACUGCUGAUAAAUGAUGGAGAGUGUCUUGGCAAGCUCCUCCGCCAGCUCCCUCAGUACCCUCGGAUGGAUCCCAUCUGGUCCCAUAGACUUGUGAGUGUCCAGGUGGCGUAGCAGGUCAUUACCUGCUUCCGCCUGAAUUAUGAGGAGUAUAUGCUGCUCUCCGUCCCUGUCUUCCAGCUCAGGGGGCUGAGUACCCUGAGGAUAACUGGUCUCACUAUUAAAGACCGAGGCAAAGAAGGCAUUAAGUACCUCAGCCUUCUCCUCAUCUUUGGUGGCAAUGUUCCCCUCUGCGUCCAAUAAAGGACGGAUAUUCUCCUUAGCUCUCUUUUUGUUGCCAACGUAUUUGUAAAGACAUUUUUUGUUAUCUCUUCUGACAGCGGCCAGGUUGAGUUCUAGCUGAGCUUUUGCCUCUCUAAUUCUCUCUCUGCAUGACCUAACAAGAUCCCUAUACUCUUCCUGAGUUGCCUGCCCUUUCUUCCAGACGUGGUAAACUCUCCUUUUUUUCCUGAGUCCCAGCAAAAGCUCCCUGUUCAGCCAGGCCAGUUGUCUUCCCCGACGGUUUGUCUUGCUGCCCAUGGGAAUAGCCUGCUCCUGAGCCUUUAAGACUUCCUUCUUGAAGAACGUCCAGCCUUCCUGGACCCCUUUGCCCUUCAGGACUGUCUCCCAAGGGACUCUCUCAACCAGUGUCCUGAACAGGCCAAAGUUUGCCCUCCGGAAGUCCAUGGUAGUGGUUUUGCUGACCCCCUUCCUUACCUCACCAAGAAUCGAGAAUUCUAUCAUUUUGUGGUCGCUAAGGCCACGACGGCCUCCGACCACCACAUCUCCCACCAGUCCUUCCCUGUUUGUAAACAGUACGUCUAGGAAGGCUGCUCCCCUGGUAGGCUCACCUACCAGCUGUGUCAGGAAGUUCUCUUCCACACACACUCCAGGAACCUCCUAGACUGUUUGCCCUCUGCUGUGUUGUCUUUCCAGCAGGCGUCCGGAAAUCUGAAGACCCCCACAAGAACAAGGGCACACGUUUGUGAGACUACUGCCAGCCGCUUGUAGAAUGUUUCAUCUGCCUCUUCAACCUGGUUGGGUGGUCUAUGACAGACUCCCAGCACGAUAGCUGCGUUGCUGGCCUUCCCCUUCAUCCUUACCCACAAGCACUCGACCUUAUCAUCACAAUCGUGGAGCUCUGUACAAUGAAAACCCUCCCUGACAUAGAGAGAGACACCCCACCACCUCUCCUUCCUUGCCUAUCCCUAUGCCUCUCUGAACGUCUUAGAGUGUUUGCAUUCUGCAUUCUCCUUUUUGCCCUUUCUCCUUCUACUCUGCGCACUGUGUUUGAGCCUUGUCUUGCCUACUCCUCUGAAAAAAGACUGUCACCCCAUGUAUACUAACAGAUGCUUUGAAUGAAGGCGGUGUGGCACAGAAUAUUCGGAAGCCCUCUCGCUGUGCAGUGCUGCAGUUAUAACCUGUACCGUUGUAAACCGGGAUACCCUUUUGUGUAAAAGUGAAAUAAAGAAGAGAAUCGAA